AUGCCGGCUCAGGCGGGAACGCUGAAAACGCUUACCCGAAGCUGCGAGUUCUGUCGCUCCAGAAAGGUUCGAUGUGAUGGCCAGCGACCAUCUUGUAAGACGUGUUUUGAUCAUCAGAAGGAGUGUGUUUAUCGAAUAUCCCCACCAAAACCACGACCAACAAAAGCGGUAGUCAAUGCCCUUCGCUCAGAAAACAAACGACUUACAUCCUUGAUACAACGAUUAAAGAAUGCCAUUACGCCAGAAGAGCUGUGGCUGACUCUUUAUUCGGGCGAAGAUGAAGUCCCGGAUACACAGCAGCAGGGCGCCACAACGUCACUUGCAUCAAGCAAUACAGAGACUGUUACUCUAAAUGGAGAAGAAAUAAACGCCCAGACGGAAGAGUCAGAGUUUGUUAAGCUUGUCUCUCACCAAACGACCUUUGACGCAUCAUCCUAUAUCUCAGUGGACGAGUCCGGCAACUUCAAUAGCUUUGGGCCUUCAUCAGCCUGGCAAAUGAUGUCGCAUGCCCCAGAGACUGUUCAAAAAACAGGAACUGCCAAUGCCAAAAAUGCAUUAGUUGCCAAUGCAGCCCUAUCUCGUCAGCUGGAAUACCGAUUAGCCACUUUCGAUGAACUUGCUGACGUACCCAUCGAUCUGGCAACUCAUCUUCUCGAGCUUCACUGGAAUCGACAACACCACACAUUUUUGCUAACCUAUCGGCCCGCGAUAAUACGUGGCCUAUUGGAGGGUGGCGAGUUUGGGUCCUCAUUUUUACUGAAUAGUAUUUUCGCCUGUGCUAGUAAAUUCUCCACCAGACCUGAGCUGCGAGACACCUUUGGCAAUGCACAAGAAGCGGGGGCCAAGUUCUUUCGCCGCUGCGAUGAGAUAAUGAGCAAAGAAAAUCUCCUUCUUCACCCAAGUCUAGCCACUAUCGUCGGACUUCUACUUCUCGGAUCAACUUAUGUGGCACGUGGUGUGACCACGAAAGGCUGGCUUCUCACGGGGUACGCCUUGCGCAUGAUAUACGAUCUCGGCCUCCAUAUAGACCGCAAGACAUCUAACGAUGAUAACGCCAUCGAAGAAGAAAUCCGGAAAAGGAUCUUCUGGGGCGCUUUCAUCUGUGACAAGCUUCAGAGUUUAUACUUGGGUAGGCCCUUCGCUAUCAAAUUGCGUGAUGCCCAUGUCUCGCUUGAGUUGAAGGAUAUAAUGGAAGAAAAUGAAUUGUGGACUCCAUAUGAAGAUUUGGCAAAUCAGAUGAUGCACGACAAGAUACCCCCCGCCGAAAGAUUAUGUCUCCUCUCAAAAAUCAUGACGCGGAUAAUCGACGAGUUCUAUGUUGUUGGUGCAACAGUGGAAAGUGCUCAAUCAAGUCUGCGCAGUAUAGACAAUCUUUUACAGCAGUGGGAACAGAAUCUACCUGAGGGACUACGCAUAGAUGCCACGAGUCACUGCGGACCAGCAGUAAGCCAUGCCCCAAAUGUCCUUUGUUUACAUGUCAUCUACCACGCAUUGAGAAUACUCCUACAUCGCCCAUUAGUGGCUGAUGGACAUCUGCGCUCGGCAUCACCGCCGGCUGUGUCAUGGAAGCGCUGUUCCGAAGCGGCGGAAAAAAUCACGCAGAUAGUCGCUUUGUAUCGACAGCUAUACACCUUGAGGGGAGCUCCAUAUCUAAUCAGCUAUGGCCUUUAUGUGGCGUGUACGAUACAUGUUCGAAAUAUGGGCGUGAAUACCACUGGCAGUGAAGUAGUCAACGAGACUUCUUCUACGCUAGAACGAAGUGUCCGCUGGCUUGAAGAGCUGGCAGUUCCCAAUCCGGCUGUCGCGAAGACUGUCUCCAUCAUAAGGAAAUUGAUGAGUGCGAGAGGGGUCAGUUUGAACUCUUUCACUGAUACUGCUGGAGCCGCAGUGCAAGAGGAGUUGGCCAAUACCGAAGAAGGUCAUGGCUGUGGUACCGACUCAAGUGCCAUAGCUCGUGAAACAGGCUCAUUUAUGGACCCAUAUUUCUUCAGCAGCGAAUGGGACGAGUCCUUUUCAGGUGACCUUCUGUAUGGAUUCUUGGAACAAGAAUCCUUUGAAGGAAUAAUUCCGUAG